AUGACUUUCUUCAACCUCUGCGAACACCCCAAGAUGGAUGACUAUCCCGCCCACUGGAGAGACACCCUAAUGGGAUGGGACUUCUGGAAAAGCACCGCUGUCUACGAGGAAGAGCUCGAUCGGAAGCAGGAGCAGGAGCCGGAGCAGGCGAAAAACCUCCACAUCCGCUUCCCCUUCAAUCUGGGCCCCGAGCAAGGCCCUCGCUCAGCUGUUUCCGCCGACGAGACCGCCAAGAAGAAACACCGUCGUGGUUUGAGUGUGAGUGACCUGGCACUCACUCGAAAGGGAGUCUGCGCCGCAGUGCUUCCAAACCCGCCCUCAAAGAACUCUGCAAAUAUACCCGUCCGGCCGGAGGGUGCAACACACACACUCACUCCUUCCAAGCCCAAGUCGGUUCUCCAUGGACCUGCCCUGGAAAGCAACGAUAUCGCCACGGUAGCAAACCCACUUUUCGACUUCAAAGGCGUGGAGACGUGGGAGCGUCUGUCCAAGAGCAAAGAAUCGCUCGGUUUGGAUCUCUUCCGCCCCGUCAAAGAAGAUGAUCCGCUCUUUGAUAUCAUCGAACUGAAGCCGCUGUGUUUGUUCCGUCGUCUGCGUUCGCUCAAACUCACAGGCAUGUUGCAGUCGUACCAGACCAUUAUCUGGAUGACGGCCUGGCUGAACAUGGACCUCGAGGAGCUGGAACUGGGCAUGGCCAUGGAGCCGGAGAUUGUCAGCCUUUCUCAUGCUGGACGGUGGACGCUCAUUCGGGAUGGAUGGAAGAUAGACGAUGGACUGAGUGGAGCGCCUGUUUACUACGGUCAAGGAAACGGGACAUUGCAUCCGGAUAUCGGACACGGUGAGUAUCUCGACAAGCAGUGCAUUGAAACAGCGAAGGUCCGCGCCCUGACCAUGGGCCGUACUGCGAAGUUUCUGCGGAUCAAAACGCUCGCCUUGACUGGAUUUGUGGUGGAUGCAGACCCCUUCCUGCAUUGGUUUGAUCCCAAGAGGCUGCGCAAGAUCUGUUUCAAGGGAAACUGCGUUGAUGCUGGGUUCUGGUUGUCUCGAGGUAUGAGGAAGGUGGUUGUGCGCUUCGCAAAGACCAUUGAUCUCGAUCCGAUCCCUGUGGGUAUUGUGCCGCUGGAAUUGAAGAAGGACUUGAAGGUAGUAGAUCUACGGGGUGGAAAGAAGGUGCACGAGGUAGCGUUCUGUGGAAUGAACCAGCUCCUGGAUGGGUCUAGGAAGAAGACCUGA